GAAUCCUGAGAGUAUUUGACCCCAGAGCCCAGCUGACUGCGGUUCAGAGUACUAAGGGACUUCAGAACAACAAAGACUCUCGGAUUCUGUGGACCAAAGAAGAUCUUCUGCUGACCACUGGUUUUGAUAUGAUGCGCAACCGUGAAGUGAGACUCUGGGACAACCGGAAAUUGACCUCCUCCAUCAGCUCUUUGUCGCUUGGGACAUCCAAUGGAACUUUGAUACCGCUGUUUGAUGACGACACUGGACUUCUCAUUCUGGCUGGCAUGGGAGACACUGUGAUCGACUGCUUUGAAGUUUCUACCUCUGAGCCUGUGCUUACUCAAGUGAGCCACUGCCUCACCGAUUCAUCUACUCGAGGCGUUUGCACGGUGCCCAAACUUGAACUGGAUGUCAUGUCGUGUGAAGUUAUGCGUGUUCUUCAGCUUACAGAUAAUAACAUAGUGCCAAUCAGCUAUCAAGUCCCUCGUAAGAAUUCAGGCACCGAGUUCCAUUCAGAUCUAUACCCAGAUACAGUUGGUACAACCGCUGCCAUGUCUGCUGAUGAGUGGUGGCAAGGGGGAAACAAGCAGGUGGAAAAAGUCAGCCUUAAUCCAGACAAACGGCCUAAAACUCAGACAACCAAUCAGAUGGCAGCAAAGAAGGAAGUGGCCAGCAGUAAAAUCAAGGAUGUAAGAGACAUUCACAUUGUUGAUCCAGCGCGUGGUUGCUCCACCUCCAGUAGCCCUCUGAGCACCCCCAGUAGCAGUGCAGUUCCGUCCCGCUCACCCUCCUCCACCUCGGGCCUCUCCUCUGGCUUUGUCCCCAGUCCUAGUCCCAGCCAGAGCGCCAAGGCCAUCCAUAGCCUGCUUGGUCCCAGUACAAAGUUCCGUCACAUUCAGGGGUCUGUGAUGCACCGGGACUCUCACAUCACCAACAUCAGAGGACUCAACCUGACCACCCCUGGAGAGUGUGAUGGCUUCUGCGUCAACAACAAACUUGUGGCUGUUCCUCUGGCCACCUCUGGAGGGCAGAUUGGUGUCUUUGAGCGUUCUAAGCCUGGCAGACAACCAGACACAAAUGUGCCCACCAUCCAGAACUCUGUGAAUGUGGCAGACCUCUGCUGGGACCCCUUCAACACACAUCUCCUGGCUGUUGCUGGAGAAGACGCCAAAAUCCGUUUGUGGCAGGUACCAGAGGCGGGCCUUGUUGAGACCCUGACUGAACCUGAGCUCAUUCUUCAAGGCCACACGGAGAAGAUUUAUUCCAUCAAGUUUCACCCUCUGGCCAGUGGGCUGCUGGUGUCCUCGUCCUAUGAUCUCACGGUGAGACUGUGGAACUUGGAAAGUGGAGAUGAAGUCAAAGUCCUGUCUGGACACGAGGAUCAGGUGUUUGGCAUGGCGUGGAGUCCAGAUGGCAAGCUUCUGGCUACAGUUUGUAAAGAUGGGAAAGUUAGAAUAUACGACCCUCGCAAGUCAGCUACACCUGUGCAGGAGGGUCCUGGUCCUGAAGGGCACAGAGGGGCUCGUAUUGUGUGGGUGUGUGAGGGCAAGUAUCUGCUGGUAACUGGAUUUAACAUUCAAAGUGAGAGAGGUCUGUACUUGUACUCAGCUGAUUCUCUGUCGUCUGGAGCUGUGAGUAAAGUGUAUGUGGACGUCGCUCCCUCAACUCUCAUCCCAUUUUAUGACCCCGACACCAGCGUGGUCAUCCUCACUGGAAAAGGUGACACUCGAGUUCACAUUUAUGAGCUUGUUCCUGAAAAUCCAUAUUUCAUUGAGUGUAGCAACUUCAACACUCCUGAGCCUCACAAGGGCUUUGCGUUUUUGCCCAAGACUGCAUGCAAUGUCCAGGAGGUGGAGAUAGCAGUGGCGAUGAUGCUCACCAAGACCACCAUAGAACCUGUUGCCUUCAAAGUCCCACGGGUGAAGAAAGAAUUUUUCCAAGAUGAUGUGUACCCAGAUACUGCUAUUUGUUGGGAACCAGCUCUGACAGGGUCUGCUUGGCUCUCUGGCAUCAACAGUCAACACAAGAGGAUGAGCCUGAAGCCUAAAGACAUGACUCCAGUGAGUGAAGCUCCCAAAGAGGCACCAGUGAGGAAAUACAUGCCCUCUUCAUAUUACCUGGAGGAGAAAAGUGAUGAGCAAAAGAAAGAGGAGUUGCUCAGUGCUAUGGUGGCUAAACUCGGAAACUUGGAUGACCCUCUGCCCCAGGAAGCUUUCGAAGGAGUUGAUGAUGAUGAGUGGGCUAAAUACCUGGCACAGAUCAUUGUCAUGGGUGUGCAGGUAGUAGGACGCGCAUUUGCCCGUGCCUUACAACAAGAAUUUGCUGCCAGUCAAGCAGCAGCACGCGCCAGGAGCACGGCGGGACAGCAGUCUGCAGCAGCCUCCAGUAUCACGGGGAUGUCUCUACAAGAGGCCCAGCAAAUUCUCAACAUCAGCACAUUGACCCCUGAGGAGAUCCAGAAGAAUUAUGAGCACCUUUUUAAAGCUAAUGACAAGUCAGUUGGUGGUUCUUUUUACCUUCAGUCAAAAGUGGUUCGAGCCAAAGAGCGACUAGAUGAAGAAUUAAGGAUACAGUCCGAGCAAACACAGAAGUCACAGCAGAACACAGAAACAUGAAGUAUGAAUGAAACCCCCCAAUUGUCCUCUCCCCCUCCUCUGUAAAUUAUGUCCUAAUAAAAAGCCUACCUUUUCUUUAA